AUGUCAAUAGAAAGAAGGAUAAAACAGUUCAUUAGAGCUCUACUAUCAUCAUUAUAUCUAGUACUAAUUAUUUUAACUAUACCGUUAGCUUUUGAUAUUGGAGGAGUAAAAUGUGGUUUGGCAUAUUCUUUAACAACUUUCUUACUAUAUUUUAUUUUAACAACAAUCCGUUUAGCGACUAGAAAAUCAACAUAUUUUAAAUGGAUUUCCCUCCUAUAUUAUUUUCAACAUUUCUUUAUUCCAAGUUUAUUAACAUUCUUCCUUUCCUAUUAUAGUACACCUCAUGAUCCAUUUUUAAGUUAUGUAAAUCCUGUGGAAAUUUGGAGAUUAUUUUUAAUAAAUUCAACUCCAAUAUUUACAAUUUUAGAAGGAUUUUGUUCAUUAUUAUUGAUUCAAGCUAUUGGUCAAACUAUUAAUUGGUUGACUGUUUAUAAAUCAGAUUCUUGGUUAAUUGUUUCCUUGGUUGGUAGUGGAUCUAUAAUUACAGCAGCCUUAUAUUUCUUAUACAGAAUUUAUGUUUUCCCAUUCACUAUUGAUAUAAUUAGUGCAUCUAUGUUGGGAUCUUUAUUAACUCUAACCUUGGGUUUGGGAUUAUUUGGGAUUGUAUCAAGUAAAGGUUCAAUAAUUGAGUCAUCUUUGAUGUUUGCUUAUAUUGUUCGUUGUAUUUAUGAAAUAUUCCCAAUAUUAUCUGAAGGUGCAACAGCUACUUUAACAUCUUUAUUGACUCAUGCAACAAAUAAUUUGAAGAAUGAAAUUCCAAAAUUACCUCCCCAAAUAUUAAAUCCAAUAAGUCAACUUUUACCAUUCUUAGCUUCAAAUUUACCUAUAUCAAUUAAAACAGUUUGGGAAUUUUUAAUCAUGGCAAUUCAUAGAUUAACUUUACCUUUGUUAUUGAAUUUGGCUUAUAGAAUUGGUGUCUUUUAUGCAGCAACUAAAAUCAUCCCUUCAUUGUAUAAUAACGUGUCUUAUCCAAUCAAUACCCCACCAAGAACCCCAAAUCAAUUAAACAGGUCACGUACAGCCUCACAUACUUCUGUGGUUUCAAUACCGUCUCUGUCAAACAUUGAUCAGGAUAAUGCUGGCAUUCAGGACUCAAGUCUGUCAGGUAACAAAUUAUCUCAUAAGAAAUCAUUUCGUCUUAAACCUCCUCAUCAUCAACCACCAUCAGCAAUUAUACGGUUGAUAUAUGCUUAUUCUCCUUGUAUUAUAAUAUCUGUUUAUACCCAUUUAAUGUUAUCAUAUACUGGAGAAUUAGGUACGGAAUUGAAACUUUGGGGCUUCUUCUCAUCUGAUGAUUCAAGUACAUUUAAAAUAAUAGUACACCCUUGGCAAUUUUGGCAUUGGGUUAAUAUGGCUACUACAUUAUUAUUAUAUGCUGCUGAAUUAAUGGGUAAUGAUAGUCAAGCUGGUGCAGCCACAUUGACAAGUCAUUGGAAAGUUGAAUGA